AUGUCUCAUACUGUACUACGCAAUGCCUGCUAUUCGGAGUUGUCAGAGGUUGCUCACGUUAUGGCACGGGCUUUUUGGGAUGACAACCUCUUCGGCGACAUUAUACACCCGAAACGAAACCAGUAUCCAGACGACGUAGACUUAUACUGGUUACGGAGAGCACGAGUCAGCUUUUGGGAUUCCCGCUGGCGAUUUAUCGUUGCGGUCGAAAAGGAUAACACCGGCCAUGAGCGUAUUGUUGGAAUUGCUCAAUGGGCAAGAUUAGGAGAAGACGGAGGGAAGCGAGAAAGCUCGUACUGGUAUCUUCAAACUUACAUAGGUGACCUGCUCAAGCCCUUCUUUUCCUUUGCUAUGAUGAUCCACGCUUGGCUUUGGCCUAAUCGCGCAAGCGAUCCUAUGACAGAGGAUAUUAUAGAACGGUCAUACCCUUACUUUCAUACCAUUUGGUCUGAUAAGCGUGCUGAAUCGUGGUUUCUUGACGUUCUAGCAGUAAUGCCAGAGUCUCAAGGAACAGGAGUAGGCCGGAAGCUUGUACAAUGGGGACUUGAAAGGGCUGAGGCUGAUGGUGUUUAUGCGUCAGUGAUUAGUGCAUUUGGCAAAGAUGGAUUCUACUGUAAAUGCGGCUUUAGCGAGCAGUAUGGUAAUGCUACAGAGGGGGAAGGUAACCCUUUAGCAGGUGUAAAGGGGGCUAAUAUAUACUGGACAGCUAUAAGAGAUAGGGUAUAA